GAAUUCUACUCUCAUUCUCUUCACAAAUUUAAAGCAGUUGUUGCUUGCAAGCAAAAGCAACAAAAACCCCAUCCCUCCAAGCUACACAAAAUCGUAGCUAAAACUUUAAAAAUUUAACACAACCCAAAGUUUUCUUUCAAAAUUUUGUUUCUUUCAUGCUUUUUUUAUAAAUAGAAAGUUAGUUUCCCAACGAUCAGAAUCUUAUCUUCUCCUUUAUUUUGUGUUUUUUUUUUUAUAUAAUCUUCUUUCUCUAUCCAGAAUCUUCCUUCACAUCGGCAUCGUUAUCUCUUUUAACAGAUCCCAAAGUUUCCCUUUCCCCCAAUAAUUUCGCUUUUGGAUGUUUAUAUUUAGCCUACUGGCCUUCAUAUUAUAUUAGCACUCGAGGGGGAUGUAUCUGGUUUUCUUUUCCUGGGUUUUCCUUUGUUAGCUAGUUGCCCCAACUUUUUGGAAUUGUCAAAGGAAAACCCAUGGUUUUUUUAACUGGUGAUAAUUAUUGUCUUCUUUGAGACCUUUUUUGGGUUUCGUUUAGAUUCUUGUGGAAAAAAAAGGGAAAACCGAACAGGUUCUUGGUUUCUUGUGUGUUUAAUGGGAAUUAGAAUCUGGGUUUUCUUUUAUUUGAAUUUGUAGAUUUUAAGAUAGUUUGGGUUCUUGUUUGGUUUUUGUAGAUAGUCAGAAAUUUGUUGGAAUUCAGGAGCUGAACGAGGUUGGAAACUAUCGAACUUUUAAUCUCAAAUAGAAAAUUUUGCUUGUUUUCCUUUUCAAUUGGGAUAUAUAUUAAUCCGCUUAAUUUUCUAUAUAUUUGAAGAAAAAGGAAGGAGGUGAAUUUAGGGUUAUAGGAUCAGUUUCUCAUUUAUCUUUAGUGUUUCUGAAUUCAAAUUGGUGAACAAAUCCAUUAGUGUCUUUUGUAUUUUUCUCUGUUAUUUGGUGCAAAAACAAAGCCAAUACUGUUUGCUUUCAUUCCCUAUUAGAAAAUCUUUAUUGCAAACUAGCUAUGGAUAUAACUAAUGAGGCCAGUGUUGAUUCAUUUUCGAUUGGUCCUUCGACGAUCAUUGGUCGUACAAUUGCUUUUAGGAUCCUGUUGUGUAAGUCAAUGGCACAUUUCAGGCAUCAAAUUUUUCAUGUAUUGGUGGAUUUAUUCUAUAGAUGUAAGAACUUGGUUUCACCAUUGAUAUCAUGGUUGCAUCCCCGGAAUCCUCAAGGGAUAUUAGCAUUGGUGACUAUUAUUGCUUUUUUGGUGAAACGGUACACGAAUGUAAAGUUGAGGGCUGAGAUGGCUUAUAGAAGGAAAUUUUGGAGAAAUAUGAUGAGAACUGCAUUGACAUAUGAAGAAUGGGCUCAUGCUGCUAAGAUGCUUGAUAAAGAAACACCGAAGAUGAAUGAAUCAAAUCUUUAUGAUGAGGAACUUGUGAGAAACAAGAUUCAAGAGCUUCGGCGUCGUCGCCAAGAUGGAUCUCUUAGGGAUAUUAUCUUUUGUAUGAGAGCUGAUCUUAUUAGAAAUCUUGGUAAUAUGUGUAAUCCUGAGCUUCAUCAAGGAAGGCUUCAUGUGCCUAAACUCAUCAAGGAUUACAUUGAUGAGGUCUCCACUCAGUUGAGAAUGGUUUGCGACUCUGAUUCAGAGGAGCUUUCCUUGGAAGAGAAGCUUGCUUUUAUGCAUGAAACAAGGCAUGCAUUUGGUAGAACGGCGUUGCUUCUAAGUGGGGGUGCUUCUCUUGGAGCAUUUCAUAUUGGUGUAGUUAAAACACUAGUAGAGCAUAAGCUUUUACCGAGGAUAAUUGCUGGUUCGAGUGUAGGAUCCAUUAUGUGUGCUAUUGUUGGUACAAGGUCAUGGCCCGAGCUGCAAAGCUUCUUCGAAGACUCUUGGCGGUCGUUGCAGUUUUAUGAUCAACUGGGUGGAAUAUUUGCAGUUGUUAGGAGAGUCAUGAGACAAGGGGCUGUUCAUGAGAUCAGACACAUGCAAUGGAUGUUAAGACAUCUUACAAGUAAUCUUACAUUUCAAGAGGCUUAUGAUAUGACUGGUCGAGUACUAGGAAUAACAGUUUGCUCACCAAGGAAACAUGAGCCACCUCGAUGCCUAAAUUACUUGACUUCACCUCAUGUUGUUAUAUGGAGCGCCGUAAGCGCUUCUUGUGCUUUUCCUGGCCUUUUUGAAGCUCAGGAACUAAUGGCGAAAGAUAGGAGUGGGGAACUUGUUCCUUACCAUCCUCCCUUUAAUUUGGAUCCCGAGGAGGGUUCUAGUGCAACUGCUCGUCGAUGGAGGGAUGGUAGCUUGGAGGUCGAUUUACCUAUGAUGCAACUUAAGGAGCUGUUCAAUGUCAAUCAUUUCAUUGUGAGUCAAGCAAACCCUCAUAUCAUACCAUUUUUGAGGGUAAAGGAGUUUGUUCGAGCCCAUGGUGGUAACUUCGCGGCAAAGUUUGCGCACCUAACCGAGAUGGAAGUUAAACAUAGAUGUAGCCAAAUACUCGAACUGGGGUUUCGUAUGGGGGGACUUGCCAAGAUAUUUGCUCAAGAUUGGGAGGGUGAUAUUACCGUUGUUAUGCCAGCCACAGUUUCUCAGUACUUGAAAAUUCUACAAAACCCAACUCUUGUGGAGCUUCAAAAGGCAGCCAACCAAGGGAGAAGAUGCACUUGGGAGAAGCUGUCGGCUAUGAAAGCAAAUUGCGGCAUCGAGCUUGCCCUCGAUGAGUGUGUUGCAAUUCUUAACCACAUGCGUAGGCUUAAACGGAGUGCCGACAGAGCUGCUGCCGCUUCAUCUCAUGGUCUUGCCAACACAACCAAAUUCAGUGCUUCGAAGAGAAUCCCGUCUUGGAAUUGCAUUGCAAGAGAAAACUCAUCAGGCUCCCUCGAAGAAGACCUUCUCACAGAUGUUACUUCGUCUUUGCAUCACGGAGUAGGCAGUUCUUCGGGAAUACCGCCACCUGCUAGGAAUUUACGAGCCCAUCGCAGUGCCUAUGAUGGAAGUGAUAGUGAAUCAGAAGGUGUAGACUUACAUUCUUGGACAAGAUCUGGUGGUCCGUUGAUGAGGACGAGUUCCGCAAAUCUGUUCAUUGACUUUGUCCAAAAUCUAGACGCUGAAGCUGAAGUGAACAAAGGUCUAAUGGCUCAUCCUAGUUCUCCUGGAUUUCAGAUAUGCGGCGGGGAUUCUUUUAGUCACAGCCCGAGGAUGAUGAAAUCAGAUAGAGGUUCAGAAUACGAGUUUGAUCAAAGGGAUUUCGGGAACAGACCGCCUGUUAACGGUUCUAGCAUUAUGGUCACUGAAGGUGAUCUCUUACAACCUGAAAAGGUCAUUAAUGGACUUAUGCUCAACGUGGUGAAGAAAGCUGACUUGGCACAGUCAAGUCGAAGCCCUGAUUCAGAUAAUUGUAGUACUGAAGUAGCUGAAUGUGUGCAGCUGGAGUGUCCAGAGAAGGACGAUAGCUCCGCAUCUGAAUGUGGCGACGAUGAUGCCGGUGCAGUAAAUGAGACGGUUGCAACCGAUAAUCUGACCCGAAGUGCUCGUGAUGAUGAUAAUCAGGGUGGUGUUGUAGAUGCCUAAGUUUUUAAGAUUAACCUAAUGACCCAAAUUUUUGGGUGGCAACAAAUUGGUCCCUGCUUUAAAAAAGGGUAUUCAUUGCUAGUAAAAAAUUUACCAUGAUUGAUUAAAUUUUUUUAUUUACUAUUUGUAAUUUUUUGUAUGACAUAAAUAUUAUCACUAUUUGUUUCUAUUA